UGGAAGGCUCUAGGCCAUACGACAUCGUGGCCUCGUUUUUCUCUCUCUUUGGAGUAUUACUAUAGUUUUGUUAUUAUCGUUUUCGCCUCUCCCUUUCUCCUCAUCUGGAGCGUGCCACCCCCCCCUCACCGUGGCUUGGGUGCACAAACAGGUCCCCCGCUCCAGUAAGGACUCGCCUGCUGUCCAUAUAUCGCCUCCGUCGAUGCUAGGCUGGCACCCAUGUCAGGCAGAGAGAGAGAUCGAGUCCCGCGGGCGUCUCUCUGAAUCUGGACACCUGCAGGACACCAAAGAACGUGCUCGACGGGGACGUCGCAUCCAGACCCCUUCUACGCCUGUCCCCCCCGCCGGAGCCGAGCAGGUUUUACCCUCCCGCUUGCCUGCGGCAGCCGUCCUAGGUAGUCCCGUGAGCGAGUACGCGAGUGGGUUGUGUGCAGGUUAUUGUUCCCUCGACGCCCGCGGCAUGAGAGACAUGAAUCGGAGGGAGCCAAGCCAGGCCGCCCAGGCCAGAAAAUACACACCAAGUAAGCAAGCUGCCUACCGACAUACGGUCACUCACUCACUCGCGCUCCCUCACCACACCACACGUACGUACGUCGGCAGACCGCUAGUUUGCUGUGCAUACCGAGUUGGAGACGGCGAGCUAAUCGGGUCGUCGUGUGCGCAGUCGGUCAUCAAUGACAGGCAGUCAGAUACCGCUGCAUACAUAUACGCUUCCAAGGGGGUGAGGAGAGGUCGUUCGUUAGUGCUAGGUAGCCCUCUGGCUCGCGGCCGAAUCUCUAGAUCUGCGACUAGGAUCGCGGUGAACAGCACACUUCUUCCCUCCGCACCCCCCCCCCCCCCAUGCCACCUCAAUUUACCGGUAUUGGCGCGCUCGUCGCUACAUCUACAUACGUAGGCCCUAGGCGCGAUACCUAUUCACGAGCGGUAGAGAGUUGGAACCGGGAAGUUCAAGUCGGCAUCGCCGGGGAACAGAUCGGAGGAUGGUCGUAACGAGGGAAUUGCCAUUACAUCGAGUACUGUCGCGGCUCAAUAACAGAGGAAAAAAGUAUAGUCGUGGACAAGCAAUUAUUACACAUGCUAACAGAUGGAGCUUCUCCUCUGCAUCUUUGGGUUUUUUGGUGUUUUUUUUUUUUUAAAAGCCUCCUUCCGGGAAAUAGGCGGAGUGCCCAUUAGCCAACCCACACAUGAGAGAGUUAGUUGUGGUGUCGGUUG